UUCUACCUCAAACACAUCAGAAUGGCAGGGAACUUCUGGCAGAGUUCACACUAUCUGCAGUGGGUUCUGGACAAACAGGAUCUGAUAAAGGAGAGACAGAAAGAUCUCAAGUUCCUCACUGAGGAGGAGUACUGGAAGCUACAGAUAUUUUUUGCCAAUGUGAUUCAAGCCUUGGGGGAACACUUAAAACUCCGGCAGCAGGUCAUUGCCACGGCAACGGUCUACUUCAAACGCUUCUAUGCCAGGUACUCUUUGAAGAGCAUAGACCCAGUGCUGAUGGCCCCCACAUGUGUGUUUCUGGCAUCUAAAGUAGAGGAAUUUGGUGUUGUUUCAAACACACGUCUUAUUUCAGCGGCAACAUCUGUAUUGAAAACAAGGUUCUCUUAUGCCUUUCCAAAGGAGUUCCCCUUCAGAAUGAACCAUAUAUUGGAGUGUGAAUUCUACUUGCUGGAGCUCAUGGACUGCUGUCUGAUUGUGUAUCACCCGUACAGACCUUUACUGCAGUAUGUGCAGGACAUGGGUCAGGAGGACAUGCUCCUUCCAUUGGCAUGGAGGAUAGUCAAUGACACCUAUAGGACAGAUUUAUGUCUGCUUUAUCCUCCAUUUAUGAUUGCACUUGCUUGUCUGCAUGUGGCAUGUGUGGUGCAGCAGAAAGAUGCCAGGCAGUGGUUUGCUGAGCUGUCCGUUGACAUGGAGAAGAUCCUGGAGAUCAUCAGGGUCAUACUGAAACUUUAUGACCAGUGGAAGAACUUUGAUGACAGAAAGGAAAUGGCUGUCGUGCUCAACAAGGUGCCCAAACCCAAGCCCCCUCCUAACAGUGACAAUGACCAGAGCUCAAAUGGGAGUCAAAACAGCUCGUACAGUCAGUCGUAGAGCGCCCCCUGGUGAAGGACCUGAGGCAGAGUGAUUCAGUGAGGCCAAACACAGCACAUCCUAGCACAUUUGAGCGCUGCUUAUCUCAAGCACAUACUUUAGUGGAAAACAGAUUCUUGGCACACACAUACACAUCCUCUCUUUGCUCUGCUUUGGGUUCUUUCACCAAUUAGAUGCCACCAUGUUCUCCCCACCAAUCAGAGCAGCCUGUGUAAUUCUGGGGCGGGAGGGAAGCAGACAGCGGGCAUUGGGCAAUCAACUAUGGGAAAUCUGCUUUGGUUUAGAAUUUGUUGCCAAGCUAAAGGAUGUAGUGUUGAACUCUUGUAUGUUAUGGGGACACACACACACACACACACACACACACACACACACACAAACCCGCCACAUUGUGAGGGGUGUUUUUUUUCCAGAUCUUUUAAAAGUUAUGGUCCUGACUUCCUUGAAAUGUCCCAUGAAGCUUUCUUUCAGUGGACGCUCUUUGGGAACAAAUACAAACUUGAUUGUUUUCUGUGUCUGAGAGCGAUGAAGACAGAGUGUUUGUGUGUGUGUGUGUAUGUUUGAUUGUAUGUGUACGUGUGCCUCUCGUUGACCAUAUCACAGUUUGCAUUCCUCAGGGAAACAGUCCGGUCCUUUCUACAAAGUGGCUGACUGUAAAUUGAUUGGCCACAGGGCUAUGUGACGGCGAUCUUCUUGAACCCUUGUACUGUGUAAUCAAAUCCAGAUUGGAUACUUAACUUUUCUUUUACAUGAGUGUGGAUGGAAGUAAGCACUGUGAGUUAGAAUGCACAGGUGAUCAUCUGCAUUUGUAAAUAUGCUUCCUUCAUAUAUCCCUUGGUUUUAUUAAUUUACUGUAUGUUUAUGUGCUUUUGUAUACUUGCCAUUCCCGUAAUGCAGUUUAUCUAGCUUUUUACUUCAUUUUUGCUUGGAAUUUAUGAAUUGAUGUUUUUAGCUUCGGUACUGUGUGUUUCAGCACUGAAGGAUUCAUUUGUUUGUUUAUUGGAGGACAAGCCAAUGUUUUGAGGGUUUUGGGAGAUCAUCAGUUGAAGGGCCAAUGAUAACAAAUCUAGUUUAUGUUUAGCUGUGCCCUGAAUUGCAUUUGUUUUUCACUGUGGUCCUACUUUUAGCAGUGCUUUAGGAGUGUUGCCACGUCUUUAUUGAGUGUACUUGCCACCCCCUCUACGUGAUGUCAUGUAUGUAUCAUUCACCUGUAAAUAUAUUUGAUGAUAUGAGAAAUAUCUGGAGGUGGGAGGUCCUGAAGUGUUGUCUGGGGUUUAUUGGUAUGUAAAAGAGUUCAGAAGCCUUAUUAAAUAAAGCUGCUGUUGGAAAAAAGUGGCUUUAUGUUGAGUUUUUUUACUGAGCAGAGAAAGAGAAUGUAACAUUACAGUUUAAUUUUGUAAUCUUGUAAUCAGAUUACAGUUACUAACAAUUAAGUUCAUUACUUUUAAGUACAUUACGUGUUAC